CCUUAUAGAUAAGCAUCCACACCCACGAAAGCAAGCAAUCAAUCAACAAAUCAUUUUCCCAUUUGUGUACAAAUAUCAGCAAACCCAAAAUUUGUGUGUUGAGUUUCUUUCACAAUUGAACGACAAUAAUGGCAAAGAAAGAGAUGGAAGUGGUAAAAGGGUUGGAUCUUGAGAAAUACAUGGGAAGAUGGUAUGAAAUAGCUUCAGUUCCUUCAAGAAAUCAACCCAAAAAUGGAGUGAACACAAGGGCCAAUUAUUCACUCAAUGAAGAUGGAACUGUGAAAGUGGUGAAUGAAACUUGGAGUGAUGGGAAGAGAAGUUCCAUUGAAGGUGUGGCCUAUAAGGCUGAUCCUUCAAGCCAAGAAGCUAAGUUUAAGGUCAAAUUUUAUUUGCCUCCUUUUCUUCCAAUAAUUCCAGUGGUUGGGAAUUAUUGGGUUUUGUAUAUUGAUGGUGAUUAUCAGUAUGUUCUUGUCGGGGAACCUUCAAGGAAGAAUCUUUGGAUAUUGUGCAGAAAUACUCAACUAAACGAGGCGAUAUACAAUGAACUGCUUCAGAAGGCCAAGGACGAGGGUUAUGACGUUACCAAACUCCACAAGACACCACAAAGCGAACCUCCACCAGAAACUGAUGAAGGCCCCAAAGAUACGAAGGGCAUAUGGUGGUUUAAGUCUAUUCUGGGAAAAUAAAAUCAUCACACAAUCUUCUGUUUGCAUCAUCAAAAUCUUAUAUUGUCGUUAUCUUCCUACCUUUCUCGCUUGUGUGUAAAAAUGUUGGUUUGUGAGCACAUAUGAUCUAUAUGAACAUGCUUUAUUCAUCAUCAGUACAGCUUCUUGUAA